AUGGCCGCAACGAAGAGGUUCGGCAGGCCGAAAAGCUCCCUGCCACCCGCCCCGUUCAAGGCACCUCCCGAAGCCCUCGGCCAGUUCAUCGGCGGGCUCUCGGAGGAGCAUGUUUACAUCACGCACAUCGACGCCAAGCCGACGUCCUUCAAGCGCAGCGUCUUUCUCGUCCCCGUGGCCAUGAACCUCUUCCUCUCUCUUCUCCUCCUCUGGCGGCUGUACUCCGUCAUGCCCUGGUACUGGCAGCUCGUCAUCGCCGCCUUCGGCCACCCGAGCGAGGCAACCUUUCCUGCCUCGGAGUCGACGUGGCACGAGCUCGGCUGGGAGGUUGGAAAGCGAGCCAUGACCAUGUCCAUCGACUUUCUCCUCUUCACCUUUGUCUGGCCGUGGCCCGUCCAGUUCGUCGCCCGCCGCCAAUCCGGCAACCCCGUCCUCUGGCGCCGAAAAGUUGGCUUCCGGGACCGGGAGGUGUACGUUCGCCGCAGCCGCGAAUGGUGCCGACCCCUCCUGCGUGACCUUUUCAAGGACACCAACGCGAGCGCCAUCUUUUCCGCCCAUGUUCGGCAAGUAACCACGCCGCUGCUACUGGAGCAGAAAACGGGUUAUCUGCUCAUGAACCGUCAGUGGGAUCUAGAUUGGGACGCCAUGGUCCGCGCGCACUCCCUCGUCGACAAGAAGGCCAUGGCCCUCGACGCCUUCAACGGAGCCGUGCUUGUGCACCACAGGGACCACGGGUGGUUGUGCUACGAUAUCCGGGAUGAGCUGGACGCUCCCGGCGAGGGGAGUGACCAGAUCGCCGCGUUUCGAGAUGCCCUCGCGGCCAUGGGCAAAAGCGAACUGUUCUACCGAUGGGUGGAGACCGUACAGUUCGAGGCGACACGUCCGGGAGGGUUUGGUCCGGAGCAACAAGAGGCGGCCGCGACGAAGAUCCGCACCAUGUUUAAUGCUGAAAACAUCGAUUUUGACAGCCUGUGGAAAGAGACGAACAAGAGCUAG